AUGAUGUUGAAUGCAGUUAGUGAUCGAGAUGGCCGAUUGAGAUUAGAAGAAGAGAACUACUCAACCAAAGUUAGUUCACCCAUUGAGGAGCCUUAUGGAAGUGUAUUGAAAUCGCUUGUUGAAAGAACAGCAAAGGAGCUACCUAACGGACACAUGAUGGUGAGUGAACUUCAAGGCAGAUUACUUCAUCAGCUAGUAAAGUUACUUCGUCCAAGACAUGUGUUAGAAAUAGGAGGCUUUACAGGAUAUUCAGCUAUUGCCAUGGGUUCAGGAUUGGGACAUGAUGCCAAAUUGUUGUCAUUGGAGUUGGAGAAUAAACAUAUAAAGAUAGCACAAAAACAUGUUGAAAUGGCAAAGUUGCAAGAUAAAAUUCAAUUUCGAGAAGGACCGGCAAGUGACAGUAUUGUUGCACUUGUAAACCAGCUUCCCGGCUUGAAAUAUGAUUUUAUAUUCUUAGAUGCUGAUAAGGGAGGAUACAUUGGCUAUUAUGAGCAAAUAUUAGAAUAUGAUUUAUUAUCAAACCAUGGGUUACUCUGCGCUGACAAUGUUUUAUUCUUUGGACAAGUACACAAGACGAAUAGUCAGGCGUCAAAUAAUAUUAAGAAAGCAGCAGCCAAGAUGAGAGCUUUUAAUGAACACGUCAUUAAAGAUCCAAGAACAGAGGUAAUCGUUUUACCAUUGUUUGAUGGCAUCUCGUUUAUUCGAAAGAAAUAA